GGUAAUAUAGACGUCUGUAGGUGUGAGAUUAAGAGAAACAGUUGAUACUUAGAAUAAGAGCUGUUAAAAAGUCUGCGGUGGCUGUGUUUAUUUAUUAAAUUUUAUAGAUGAAAGAUAAAUUAUCUGUGAACAAGCUUGCCCUCAGCCCGGCUUUUGCCUGUGGACUAAUAGUGUGUUGAGUGUUCUUAUCUGUUCCUGAGGCUGAGGCCACUAGUUUGCUGUUUAUAUUUUUGGAUUAUCUCACAUUAUAGCUACAAAUCAAAGGUACAACAAAUCGGUGAAGUAAGUAGUCUUGAAAGGUUAUCUUAAGAAAACUCAAAUAUUAUUCUGUGUAUGCGGUCUAAUGGCAACUACAUCAUAUGAGCAUGAUGCAGCUGGUGGAAAAUUUAUACCCGCAACACAGAGACCUGAUGGAACAUGGAGAAAGCCAAGAAGAGUAAAAGAUGGAUAUGUACCACAAGAAGAAAUACCAUUAUAUGAAAGCAAAGGAAAGCAAUUCAAAGCGAGACAAAACACAGGAUUGCCCAUUGGUUUGCCUCCUGAAUUGGCAGCAGAAAUAAGAAAACCUAAAAAAGGCAGUGGCAUUAUACAACCAAUACCUGGAAUGAUUGUCAAUAUUGAAAAAAAGAAGAAGAAGAAAAAGUCAGGUGUCAAUGAAGUUGCUGAAAGAUUAUCAAAAGUUGAAAUAAUAGAACCAACAUUUAAUGAAGCAGUUCAUCAGCCUAAUACAAUAUCAGCUUCAGAUCCAAAUAAAAAGUUAAAAAAUUUACGGAAAAAGCUUAGAGAUAUUGAAGCACUUGAAGAAAAAAUUAAUAUUGGGGCUCUAAAUCCAGACAAAGAUCAAAAGGACAAAAUUUCAAAAAAGAAUGAAAUUAUAAAAGCAAUAGAUGAAUUAGAAAAAUUUAGUUUUUAAGAUGACCAGAGUCAAUACUAUGUUAAAUCAGUAAUUUUAAUUUUGUAAAAGACGAAAUGUGCAUUUUUUUAUUAUUACAAUUAAUAUUUUGCACUGGUAAUAAAAAUAAAAUUAUUUACAACCUU